CUAGUACAAGGACGACACGCACAAGUGCGGACAGGCUGGACUGCUGCAAAGGUCCCAGAAAUUAUUUGAUAUGGUCCAAAGACGCCCUGCUGCAGGAUUCGUGGUUUCAGUUGUAACAGGACACUGGGACCAACCAGUCUGUUUUGCUGUACAGCGGGUUUUAUACUUGACCGUCAAUCUCUGACUAGCCCGACCCCACCCAUCCUGUCUAUCCACUCCGUUCUGCAGUAACAAAGGGGAGAGGGCCAAACUGUAUCACUGGUGAAAAUCUCUACAAAAAUCACCACCAUGGACGCAAAACGGAUCACUUAUCAUGCUCAUCAAAUCAAAAAAUGUUAUGCAGAAGGUAACUAUGGAAACAUUAUCCCUCAUCUAACUGCCCUUGAUUAUGGCUCUGUGACUUUGCAGCAUCUGGAAGACACUGACAUCAUGAAGGUUCUUUAUGGACUCCUCAAAAACUGCCCAGACACAUCAAUAAAAAAAACUGUCAAGCAGCUUUUGUCAAAAUGGAAGAAACUCUACAGUCAUCCCUAUCGCAUCUCAAAGGAGAACAUAAAAGAAGAAUUUACUGUAAUUGGAGAGAGCACUCUGACUGACAAAGCUUGUCUGACGGACAGCCGCGAGGUAGCUGCUGGUGACUCUAGUAAACCAGCAGAGCUGAGGGCAUCUUGUGAACAUGUGUCUUCCAAUACAGGGUCCAGACAAGGAAGAACACCUACCAGUGGGAAAGACCCUGUGAAGGAUAUCGGAGAAGGAGUGUCAUCAUCUUGCCAAGUAACUGGAGAUUCACCGUCUGGAUCAGGAUUGUCUAUCCCCUCGAAUGAUUUUGGAGCCCCUGCCCCCAUUUCAGAGGGUAGUACCCCUAGCUGUAAGCACUCCGCCGAGUCUGCGUUGAGAUCCCAGUGCACCCGACUCCUCCACGGCGCCCUUGAUCCAGAAACGACAGAGGGGAGAUCUGCUGUUCUGGCCCACGUCAUCGAGGAGCACAUCCACGCUUUUCAGUGUGGAAACCAGGUCAAAUACAAGGCCUGCAUCAGAAGCAAGGUGUCCAACCUAAGAAACCCCAAAAAUGGCCACCUCCGUCAGGGUCUCCUGGGCGGCAGCCUGGCGCCAGAGGUCUUUGCCAGGAUGUCCGCGGACGAGAUGGCCGGCGAGGAGCUCCAGCGGCUGAGGGAGGAGUACUCGCUGCAGGGGGUGAGGGAGAGGCAGCUGCCCCAGGGCGUGGAGGGGACACCCACCCGGAAGCUGCGGUGCUCUCGGUGUGAGGCGUCAGACUGCAGGGUGACCCAGGUGUCCCGUGGCGCCCUGUUCCUGCCGGCGUGGGUCCGGCAGGCCACGGCAGACCAGGACGCCAUGACCUUUGUGACAUGUAGUGGGUGUGGGGAGCAGUGGUACCACAGUGGAUGGAACUGUCUCUGAUCUGGCUUUGUUUUUUUUUUUUUGGUCCUUCUGAUAUGGUUUUACACGAUCAAACAGAAUAUUGUUAUGCUUUAUGGAAGAAAUUGCUUGUAUGGUUAUUUAAUUGUUUAAUUACUAUAUGCAUUGCAUUAAUUGUAUGUUGUGUUAUAUCGCAUAGUAUAAAACUAGACCACCAAGCAGUUUUUUUACUC